AAACCUGCGCACAAGUCGUGCGGCUGUUGGAACUGUCAGGAGAAACCGGUCAUCCCGACAGGCUCGUCGGUCUGGCCGUUUCUCGGCCCCCUGCGACUAAGACGUUAACCUAGGCUUGUGCCACGCUUGAAAAUAGUAUGCCAUGCAAUUAGAAUAACGUUUGCCCGGUUUGGGUUUCUGUUCAAACCGCUGCAACUUUCUGCUGCUACAUAAAUGGACGUGGAAUCCCGCCUAGCCGAGCUGCGAGACGAGUAUGAGCGCAGUCGGGCGUUCCUGGCGCAGCUCGAGUGGUCACUCAAGGUUCGGGAGCCCGAGCCAGAAGAGUCAGAGGCCCGCCGAGGCGAGGGACAUGACAGUACUGCGAAGCUUGAAGAUUCAGCGCGUGUGCCGAAGCUGGACGCGCACCCAGCGUCGCCCCAGCCGCAAGCCAUUGGGGAACGUGAAGCCACGGCGACGUCGCCAUUCAAAACUGCGCACAAAGGACUGGGUUCACGCUUCACUGGAUGGAUUAAGAACAAACUCGCGCCGGGCGGGCACGACGACGCUCCCUCGUUUACCCGCUGCACCAAAUCGUGUGUGCAGCCUGCUCGCCGUCGGGCUUCCUUCGCCACCGUCAACCUGGACCUUGGCGGUGCGCUCGGCGGCAUGGGCGGUGUGGCAGUCGCGACCUACAGCCCCGGCGCAGCCAUCCAAGUCAAUGGCCAGCUAAGCUACGGCCAGGUGCCGCAGGGCGCGCCGUCGCCAGUGGGCCACUGCAACAGCCCCGGCGGCGUGCCCUCGCCAAGCGGGGGUUCAUUCACGCUGUCGUCGGCCGCCGGCGGCCGCGGCCGGGCACCCAUGUCGCGCCGCGCCAGUUUCGUAACUUCAACCAUAAUGCGUUCUUCAGCCAGCAACCAGGUGCAUCCCCAGCCGGGCGGGUGCGGCGACGGCGAUGGGGACGGGGAUGGUGUGCUGCUGAACACGGAUGAGAACGGGGUGGCGGUGAGAGGGCCGGGGCUGGCGGCACCGACGGCGUCAGGUCGCCUCAGUGGCGUGCUGGGGUCAGGCCAGGCCGGUCCGAUCGUGCCGCUGCAUGUCGCGCCCGCCAGCGCACCGCCUUUACAGCGCUUCCCGCUGCGUCGCUCGUCCCUAGACGAAAGGCGCCCAGCCGCCACCGCCGUCGCUGCGAGCGGCAGCAGCAGGGGGCUUGUGCCCUCCGGUCAGCGGCGCGCCAGCAUGGACCUCCAGCGGUCGCCGCCCAUGGCUCUGUCCACAACGACAGGAGCCGGACCUAACGGGGCACUGCCUGCAGUAAGCGGGGCAGAGGUGGCAGCGGCGGUGCCUGAUGAGUUGACGGAGGUGCAACCGCAAUUUCUACCGUCAGUGAACGCUGCCCAGGGCCAGCAGCCGCCACAGCAGCGCUUGUGGCAACAUGUGCAACAACAGCAACAGCAACAGCCGCCACAGCAGCAGCGGCAUUUCACAGGCUACCGGCCAUGCUUCGCAAGCGAGCAGCAGGUGUGGAUAAAGCGCGACGGCAGCGGCGGCGCCGACCCCGCGCCCGCAACCUUCAGCCAGGCUGGCCCAGUUUCAGCUUCAGGGACCGGUGGCGUGGCGGCUGCGCGCGCUGGUGCGUCGGCCUCUGACACACAUGCCUUUUACUCGGGUGCGGGGUCAUCGGGACCGCGCACUCGUUUCUCAGGUGUCGCCGCCAUGAGCGGCGCUGGCGCGCCUAGUGGCGGCGGUGUUGCAGAAGAGGCUGACGUGGACGAUCCCAUGAUUGCGGCGGCUGCGGAGGCCUACUGGGGCUCGGAGGCCGCGGCUGAGGUGGCGAAGGAGGCUGCUGGUGUCCGGGACGGCGCAGCCCACGGCCUCACCGCCUCCAGCCCGGGAGCAGGCGACGGCGGUAUGCAACAGCAGCUGCAGCCACACUGCCAGUACCAGCCGCCUCACACGAGCAGUCCGCAGCGCUACGUCACGGCAGCGGCUGCGGAGCCUACCGGUGCCGCCGCAGCAGCAUCCGGCUCCCACAACGGCGGCGGCAGCACCUCCUUAUCCAUGCGCUUCCGUCGCCUCGCAGCCUCGCCGCCUGCGCUUGGCGUGCCGGGCACGGGGGUCGCGGCCGCUCGGCCCAACAGCACGCGCCCCGGCAAUCCUCCUCGGCGGCUGUCCUUUGAGGCUUACGCAGGGCCAGCAUCUCCAAUCGGCCUUGUAACGGGACCGUAUGAAGGCUCGGCAGGGGUCGCUGGAGCCGAUGGGCUGUUGCCGACAGGCGGAGAAGCUUCUGGUGGCCAGGCGUGGGCGGCGGCGGUGGCGGCGACGGCACCGCGAGCAGCCACGAGCAGCAGCGUCAGUCGGCUUGCGGUCACUCGCAGCUUCGCCACGCCGUUCGGUGCCGCUGCAGCCAGCGACGGUGGUGGCUCAGGUGCGGCGGCCGGGCUUGUCAGCGGCAUCGGCGGGCCUGUGACCAACGCGAACAGCAUUGGCGCGAGCAGUGCAUACGCCUCAGGCGGCCCGGCUGGCCGCCGUUGCUCCAAUGAUGCCAAAUUUGCAAGCACACUGCUGCUGGCGGCCAGCAACCCUGCACCCAGCGGCGGCGGCGGCGCCAGCUCACUGCCGGGCGACGCCAGCGGGUCGUACGCACAUGCAGGGUCCGCAGCCACAGAGCUGGGAGCAGCGGCCGGGAGCCACCGUCACCUGAUGACUUCACCAGGCAGCCCUGCUGUGCCGGUGAAUCCGACGGGCAGCGCCGCAGGUGCAGGGGCCGCGCUGGCACCAACUUGGUACUCACAGACGGCUGCAUCGCCGGGGCCAACGCCGCCUCAGUCGCAUUCGCCUGCAGCACAAACGCAAGAUUCAGGGUUUGUGCAAAGGCUUCAAGCCUUAGGUGCCUGGCGUCACAACUGACUUGGGUCGUGCGUGCACGUGCGCGUGUUGCAGCAGUUGGGGAAGCUAGUACUAACAGGGAUGUUACAAUAGCAGAAGAUGAGAGCAUUGACAGUCGACAGUGUGCAUGUGGAAAGCGAACGCAUACAGUGCACCGUGUACGGAUGUGUUUAUGCACGAAUGUUCAUGCAAAAGUGUAAAACGGAAGCAUUCACGUGGCGAGGACGACCAGAGCCUACGGGUAGCAAGCAUGAUGCGUGGCUCGGGUUUCAGGAGGGAUGGUUGCAGUUGCAGCACGGCAGGCUUGGGGGCGUGCACAAGAACCCGUUGAACAGGGGUAGCCAUGCUGGUUUACGACAUGUGGCGCGAAUUGCAAUGUGAUGUCCUUGGCAAGCCGGCGCCAUGAGCGCAUUGAGUUUCGGGUGAUUGUGUGCAGGCCAGGGAGUUACCUCUUCAUAACACUGAGCAAUGCCACGGACUGCACACUGCACCUCUGAAGCACUGCGUACGGUAUGCAGCUGGCUGCAAUACUGCUCUCAGACUGGCACGGAACUUCAAAUGCAAUUUAUUCUUGAGGAUGCAUGCGAGGCAUGCGUGAGCCCAAGCUUUACGGCUGGUUGGGGUGCUUUAAUCUUGUUCAUGCGCACGUAUGAACUGUACGAAUUCAGCGGCUAAACUGCUUGAUUGCAUGUGUGUGGGAGUGUACAAUGGAGAAGAGAACGCAAUGACCCUGUGGUGUGGUGCAGGGGCUUAUGGUGUCGCGGGAGAACUUAUCUGCCCACGACCUGCCCAUCCCGUUUGCCAUGUCUACCCGCGCGUACCUGUUAUCCACAACUACCCGAGGUUUUGGUGGGAAUGAGCGUCCCCGUCAUUGGGUGGUCGUGUGCGUGCACGUGUGCGUGUGUUUGGUUUUGAAGUGGUGCGGCGGUCAUUCAGUGGGUCUCGGCCCAAGAGUUGACUGCAGUGUCGGCGCUGCCGGUAUAUCAUCGCACGUUCUGAGUCCGGCUCGAAUUCAUAACGGCACCUGGAUGACCUUUCUGAUGUGUCGCUCGAGCUGCAAACACGCUCGGCCCGUAAAGUGGGAGACCCGUGCACGGGGAAAGCAGUGGCGCAGACGUGUUGCGAAUGCUUGGGAGUGCCACGAUGUCCAGUUGAGAGGAUUGGCUCUUGCGGGUGGAACUGUACAUGCACCUAUGGACCGCUGAGGAGAGCGGAUGUAGCCCAGAACCCACCGCCAAUCAAGGUCUAAGGAAAAUAGGGCAGGGCGUGGAAGCCCCGACUCGUCAUUGCUUGCUCGCAGCCCGCGAGCCCUGGAGCCCUGCUCGCGCAGUGGCGAUGGAGCUGGCGGCGUUGGCAUGGAGUGGCGUUGGCGUGUGUCAAAGAGCACAAGGAUGAAUAAGCACAAAGAUUGUGUAUGCCAUGCAGCGCGACGGAUGUUACCGUUGGCCUGUGUGUGUGCCCCUGAUGGCGUGUCGCUCUGGUUAGGAUCGGGGCGGACAGACGGACAGGCCCCACGGGGCCCUAGGCGUCCGCCGCCACGUUGCGGGGGUUGGGGGUUGUUAGCUCCAGGCUGCUGCAGGGUUUUUGGUGCUUCGCCAGUGUUCCGUGCUUUUUCACUGCGGCGUUCACCUGGAGUCAGGGAGGGGGUGCUCGGUUUUGCUGCUUGUCUUUUUGCCGCGCGGGCUGGGGUUGCGCUGCGCGCAUGUGCGCCUCUGUUUGGCGCUGUGUGUGGCAUGGUUGUCGCCUGCUGGCGUUGGGUUGUGUCUCCCGUCGCCGUUGCCCGGCUUUGCGGAGUUUGCUGAAAGUCAAGGUCUGUGCAGCGCUCUCACGCGUUGAUGCUGGUGGUGGCGGCUGUGUCGCGUUGCGCUGGGGUGCGUCGCUCGGUUGGGUUUUGAGCUGUCCCUGCAGUGGAAGUGCCCUUGGCUGU